UAUUUAUAGGACUUAUAUAAGUUAACGUAAAUUACCUUUAUAAUUGAAAGGCUUUUCGUAUAAUUUACUUUUAGUCGGCAUUUAAUGAUUUAAAGGUGCAUCAGUUUGAUGGCGAUGUUUUGGAGUUCGUUGUUGGUUGGUUUGGCGUUGGCUGAUUUCAUCGUUGGUAGCCCACUAUCACCUAACGCAAAAACCUCCUUCAUACGAAUCGUUGGGGGUCAAGAUGCGAACAUCCAAGACUACCCCUACCAAGUUUCCAUUAUGCUUGACAGUUCCCACGUAUGCGGAGGCUCCAUUUUAACCACCACCUUCAUCUUAAGUGCAGCCCACUGUUUCUAUGAAGUGUCAAGUCCCAGCAGGUUUACCAUAAGAGUGGGAUCCUCCUCACGCACUAGCGGUGGCACAGUUCUUCAAGUUUUAAAGAUAAACUCACAUUCCAGCUUCAACUUUGAUACAUUCGAUUAUGAUGUGGCUGUGGUGCAGCUGGCUUCAGCUAUGACUUUUGGCACCGGGGUGCAACCGAUACAACUACCCACUGCCACUACCUCAUUUUCUAAUGGGCAAAUUGCUGUAGCCACUGGUUGGGGAUAUGUGGCCAAUGAUGGGCCUUUAGCCUCAGUUUUACAGGUCGUGACAAUUCCCUUAAUAACUACCACCACAUGCAGAACCAAAUACUAUGGGUCAGAUCCUAUUAGUGAUCGAAUGAUUUGUGCUGGCUCUGCUGGAAAAGACUCUUGUACUGGUGACUCUGGAGGGCCAUUAGUAUCCAAUGGGAUCCAACUGGGGAUAGUCUCCUGGGGUGAUGUGUGUGGACAAGCUUCAACCCCUGGAGUUUACACUAAAAUUACUGAAUUCCUCACAUAUAUUAAUGGAAUUAUAGGCUCCUCCAGAAGCCUUAAUAGUACUAAAACUGUUUCGUAAUCAGAUUAUUAUUAUUAUUUCAUAUUGAAGUAAAUUAUAAUAUACAAUAACUCAUUCUGUCAAAAAGAUUGAAAUAAAUAACUUGUAUUGUUUCAA